GCUCUCUGUUCUCAUUGGCUCACUACUCCCCGCUCCACGCUCUUGUGAUGCGCGCGCUGGAUUUUUAUUGGUCGGGUAUAAAACAUUAACUCGUAUUGUUGGCGGGGCUAUUAACCAGGCUCCGCCUCCAGCUGCUGUAAACUGAUUCUGACAGCGCGCGCAGAGGAAAGGAUGAAGUCCAGCAAACACAAAUCACCACAAACAACUGACACAGAGUUUGGAGGGGUGAUAGUGAGCACUUUGAUGAUUGGAUUUCGUGAACAGGACUUUUCUGUGUGUGUAGGUGCUGCAUGUAUAAUAGUGUUCCUCCCCCUCACUGUGCUCUUCCUGCUGAGUGUGUGUGUGUCUGAGGAGGGCAGCGUGCUCCGCUGGCCCCCCCCACUGCCCCCCCACUCUGACCUCUAUGACCCCCGAGCCGUGUUCAUCAUCACUGUGUGGUUCAGCACACACAUUCUGCUCUACCUGCUCCCAGUGGGCAAGGUGUCAGAGGGUUUAGUUCUCAGGGAUGGAAGCAGACUGAAAUAUCCGAUAAACGGGUUCCAUGCGCUGUGUGUGACGAUUGUGUUGGUGUGUAUGUGUGUGUGUGUGGGCGUACCCCUGGCUCACCUGUAUGACUUGAUGGUGCCGUUGGCGGUGUGUGCAGUGGGCGUGGCCUUCCUGCUCUCCCUCUACCUGUAUGCUCGCUCCUUCUGGGCUCCUGUACACGCACUGGCACUCGGAGGAAACACAGGUAACGCUGUGUAUGAUUUCUUUAUUGGACGGGAGUUAAACCCACGUAUCGGUUCAUUCGAUCUGAAAUAUUUCUGUGAGCUGCGUCCAGGGUUAAUAGGCUGGGUGGUGCUGAAUGCGGUGAUGUUGAUGAAGGAGGUGGAGCUGCGUGGAUCACCAUCAGUGUCAAUGCUGCUGGUGAACGCCUUCCAAUUACUCUACGUCACUGACGCUCUGUGGAAUGAAGAGGCGGUAUUGAGCACCAUGGACAUUGUGCAUGAUGGAUUCGGCUUCAUGUUGGCGUUCGGUGAUUUGGUUUGGGUUCCAUUCACAUACGGCCUCCAGGCAGCCUUCCUUGUGUCACACCCUCAUACACUUACUCCCUUCAGUGCCCUUGCCAUCAUCCUGCUGAAUGGAAUUGGGUAUUACGUCUUCCGCAAGUCCAACUCUCAGAAGAACCAGUUCAGGAGAGACCCAACACACACUAGCGUCCGAAAUUUAAAGACGAUUGCCACAGCAACAGGAAAGCAGUUGUUAGUGUCGGGAUGGUGGGGGUUCGUCAGGCACCCCAAUUACCUCGGAGACCUUCUGAUGGCGCUAGCAUGGUCUCUACCCUGUGGGUUCUCCCACAUCCUGCCGUACUUCUACGUGCUGUACUUCAGCGUGUUGUUGGUGCACAGGGAGGCACGAGAUGAACGUCAGUGCAGAGCGAAGUACGGCGCGGCUUGGGAGGCGUACUGCAGCCGAGUGCCCUACAGGAUCAUCCCCUACAUCUACUGAGCUCAUUAUUGCUGUCAUACACACUUUAUAACACUCUCUCACUCCUGUACCCUCACACACACCCAUAACAUCAGUCUCUGUGUGUGUAUGAGGCACGUGAAGAACCCGGUGAUCCUCACUGUACAUGGACACGAGGUUAAAUGCAACAUGUUCAUACACCUUUUCCUGAUAAAGCCUCAAUUGAAAAAAAAAAACACAGGUUCACGUGUUUCUGCUUCCACACGGUCACAUGUACAU